AUGAUUCUUAAAAGAACGAAGAAACCAGUAAAGAGGCCUACUGAAUCUCCAGUCAAGACAGCUACACAAGAACCUAUAGUCGAAAGUGCUAAGCACAAUGCUGUUGAAUCUUCAAAUACUAUUUCUUCUCAGAAUCAAAGAGCUAUUGAUAUGGCUCAAAAUUUAAACAAAAAGAAACGUGAAGUACAAGUACCACUUGAGAACGCGACAGUCGAAACUGAGCAUGGCAGCAACAUUGAAAGGUUAGAUAUUCGAAUAAAGGAUUUGUAUUUUGGUUCACUUCGAUGGGAUCAUCCUAUCAAGUCAAAUUUUGAGGAGAUAGGGGAUCCUGAUGGUAAUUUUGAUCCAGAGGAGGAGAAUAUUCCUGAUGAAAUGAUCAUGUUAGGAAAACAAUUCAAAAUAUUGAACUCCAAGAUGAAUUAG